CCCUGUUGUGUGUUUGUCUUGUAGGUGAGUGUGGCAGCGAAGAUGGCCCAGCGCAUGUCGUUCGGCUUCUACAAGUACAACAACAUGGAGUUUGUCAGGAUGAAGGGGCCGCAGGGCAAAGGUCACGCUGAGAUGGCGGUCAGCCGGGUCCCGACCGGAGACACGUCCCCCUGCGGCACAGAGGAGGACCUGGACUCACCCCUACACGAGAGGGUGACGUCGUUCAGCACCCCUCCCACCCCGGAGAGGAACCGCCCCUCGUUCUUCUCCCCUUCUCUCCGUCGGAAGGUCCCCAGGAACCGUAUCACUGAGAUGAAGAAGAGUCACUCAGCCAACGAUAGUGAAGAGUUCUUCAGGGAAGAGGACGACGAGGACCUGUGUAACCAGUCCAACCUGCGGUCUCGCUCCCUGUCGGGUACAGGUCGGUCCCUGGUGGGAUCUUGGCUCAAACUGAACCGUACGGAGGAGUACUUCCUGCUUUACUCCCACCUGACCUACGUCACCCUGCCGCUGCACCGCAUCACCUCAGGUCAAGACCCCGCCCCCCCAAACUAUCAGUCCCUAAUGGGUCACUAUCACCUCAGGUCCAGACCCCCCCACCAUCAGUCCCUAAUGGGUCACUAUCACCUCAGGUCCAGACCCCCCCACCAUCAGUCCCUAAUGGGUCACUAUCACCUCAG